AUGUCCUCCCCCGCCUCGUCCCACUUCUCCGCCGAGAUCGACGACUUCGUCGAUCGCGCCCUCGCCUCGCCCGCCACCCCACCUGCUGCCCCCGCCGCCCCAGUCGCGCCUGCCGCCGCUCCGCGCCACCCGCUGCCCGGCUUCUCGGCCGUCAACUUUGCUGCCCGCGCCGCCGCCGCCCCCGCUGCGCUCUCCGCUGCCGGCCGCCGCGAUGACGCCGACGAUGACGACGAUGAUGAUAAGCGCGGGUCCUCGCCGCCCUCCUCCCAUAAGCGCGCCGUGGCCCGGGGCGCCACCCGCGAUUCCCCCUGCGUGCGGUGUGCCUCGCAGUCCCUCCCCUGCGCCGACCAGGCCGGCCGCCCUCAGGGCAGCUACUUCCUCGCCGCGGAGCCGGGCAAGGACCAGAACAAGGCCAAGCGCGCCUUGACCGCCGCCGCCGCCGCCUACCGCAACUUGCGGUUCCUCGAGCGCGCCGCCCUCGUGCCUAAGGGCACCGUCGACGCCGCCCUGGCCGCCCCCGCCACCUCUGCCGCCGCCGCCUCCACCACCACCGGCACCGCCGCCGCCGCCGCCGCCGCCGCCGUCCCUAACGCCGCCGCCGUCGCCGCUUGGCUGGGUGGCCUAGAGGGCCGGAUCCGCGCCCUCGAGGCCGGGGCCGCGCCUCACACUGAGGAGGAGGACGAGGAGGAGGACGAGGAUGACCGUCUAGUGGUCGAGACCCCGCCGAAGAAGAAGGCCCGCCGGGCCUAG